AUGAUAUCAAAAAGCCAGAACAACGGCCGAUGCCUCUGCUUUCGGGUACAUGGCGUUUGCGUGUUGGUGGCUAGUUCUGAGGUCGCCUAUCUCCAGUGCGAAGGGAAGAGAGGGGAUAAUGAUGAAGAUGGGAAGAAGAAGAAGAAGAAGAAGAAGAAGAAGAAGAGAACGAGGAGGAGGAAGAUAGACGCUGGCAGCAUCUUUAUACCCUUCUACGUUGUCGUUUUCAUGCCUCUACGGAAGGUGCAAGCAAAACACGGAGAUUUCUACGGUUUCACUGCUAGAGAUGACUAUCCUACCCUAUGUCUCUACUCUAUGUCUGGCCUACGUCUUUCAACGUCUAUCAAACACCCAUCUACGCUCGCUCUACAGUCUCACAAUGCCAAGCCGGCUGUUCGUCCGAACGGAGGAACCCGGACACAGCGGGAGAACGCGGAAAACACAGCCGAGGAUGCUUAUCCAGCCAGCCAGCGACAACCCACACCAGACGACGAACCGUCAGCAGUCAGCAGCAUAGAACAGCGUGCCCAGGACAGCAGCGCCAUGGCCGAAUUCAACGGGCGUCGUGCGCCCAACUUCUCGCAGUAUCUCAAUGAGCUGAACACCUUGCCCUCGCCCUUCGAGCAGACAGCACAGCCAGAAGAUCUGGGGUUCGAUGUCGACGCCGAACUCGCUCUGUUCACGAACGCAGAGUUCCUCGACUUUGACCCGGCUGGGAAUGUUGGCGGCAUAGACGAACAGCAGCCUGUCUCUUCGGGAACCGUGAGCCCUGCAAACGGACGGCAGGAUAUGAACUACGUGGGGAUUCUGAAUGAUAUACCUAUGAUGGCCUCUGGCUCAUGCUUACUCGACAUGUUUCCGGUCAACGCAGAUUUCAACCUUUCCAACUUCCCUUAUUUCCAGCCCCAGCAGCCGACGGCCCCAGUACAGUCAACUACCUAUCCAUCAGCUCAGCCUCUCCCUGCCAACACCUCUCUCCCUCAGUCUACUCCAAUCUAUCAACCGCAGCAGCAGCAGCAGCAGCAGCAACCACAGCAACAGCACCAACAUCUCCCGUCACAACCACAGCUACAAACACCACCACAGCCGGCAGUAACUCAAUCACAGCCCGCCACUGUUUCAUCCAAAAGGAAGUCUGAUGCCACCACUACUUCAGAGGCAGACCGUCUAGCCCAGGAAGAAGACAAACGCCGGCGCAACACCGCUGCCAGCGCCCGUUUCCGCAUCAAGAAAAAGGAACGUGAGAAGAACUUGGAAAAGACCGUAAAGGAUGUGACGAGCAAGAACUCAGCCCUUGAAUCCCGCGUCAGCCAGCUAGAGAUGGAGAACCGAUGGCUCAGGAACCUCAUCGUCGAAAAGAACGGAUCUGCCAUCAGUGAGGGGGAUCUAUCUGGCAUGUUCCAUAAAUACCAAGAGGCCACCGGACAGCAUCAGAACCAAAAGCAAGCUUCGACGGCAAGUCCCAGCUCAGAACUCAAGUCUUCUCCUUGA